AUGCUAUCCAAACUCUCCACACUCUCCAAAAAACAAAUGCAAAGCAACACAAUACAAACACACGCCAUAGCCAAUUUAAGCAGGCCGUAAUAUAUAUGGAUUGUCAUAUAAUAGAGAGCGUUCAGGCGACACAGACAGAGUAUACACAUAUGCGUGAAAAACUAGCUGGCAACAACGAUAGUUGACUAAGAUAGCCCAAAUGUCAAGUAAAACUAUCAAAACGGUGCGAAUAGAAACUAUAAAUUGAGUGUUAAAGUAUUUAACGCAAAACCAUGGUUGCGUCGCCUAUCUGUGUGGAUAUAAGCUCGGAGUCGGAGGAUGAGUAUCCAUCAGUUGCCAAGCGACGCCGCCUGGAUAGGCCCCGCAAUGGGACCGCCAAACAGAGCCUGCCGGAUAAGCUGAUGAACAUACCAAAAGCAUCCGUGUCAGGAGGCGGCAGACUAGGAGCACUUAGCGGAGCAACAGCCGCAGCAGGAACAACAUCCAAUCCACCCGAAUUGCAGCCACUCAAACCUAUGCACAUACCCAGUGGCAUAACAAUCACAAAGCACGGCAAGAAUGCAGCCGCCUGCAGCAAUGGGAUGGUCAUCACAUCGAUUGCUUCCAUGCAUGAAUACAACAACAACAGCAACAUCUUUAACAACAAUAUCAGCAACAACAUCAACAAAAAUAAGCCACAGAAAACGCCAAUGUCUCAGAAAGCUGCUGGUUAUCCGUCAAACAGCAAACCACUCGGACAGAGCAUUAUGAUAACCAGUGUGUCGUCGCCCAAUCAUCAGACGGCGAAGCCGUCGGUGCCCACUCUGCCGGUGAAGCUGUCGCCCAGUCAGCAGGUGAAACUGACACCCGCCCAACAGGUGAAGCUGACGCCCGUUCAUCAGGUAAAGACUACACCGCUCGGUCACCAGUUGAAGACAACGCCUACGCUUCAGAUGAAGAUAUCGCCAGCGACAGCAACAAACCAGGCGAAGCCGUCGCCCAAUUUCCAGGUGCAGCAGACUUCCAUUUACCGCAUGAAGGGAACACCACUUCCGGGCUACCAGAUGCCCACAAACCAGCCAAGGUUGACAGCCACAAACCAGUUGAAGCCGAUGCCCAGUAAUCAAAUAACAGUUUCGGCAGUGGCGCCCAAACCUGUGUCCACCGAACAACCACAAAAGCAGCUGCCACACGCGGCUGUGACUCCAAAGAAUCAGCAGCUCAAUGCAGCUGGCGGCCCCCAGACGAAAAACACGGCCAGGCUGAGCAUGCCGCAGCAAAAGAUGAACGCUGGACAAAUUAAUCAUCAACAUUUGCAGCAGCAGCAGCAACAUAAGAAACAGCUCAUGGCUCAGCAGCUGCAGCAGGCUGUUCUUAGUGGACCGAAGUACCAGCCGCAGCGGGCUGCCACGAUUCAGCCAAUGCAGAAGACUCUGUCGGCACAGAAACAGCUGCCCACACUGCAGAAGACACCGGCGAGAGCAGGAACGUCUCUGAUGCAGCAGCAAAAGCAACAGCCGCAGCAGCAGAUGCAGCGAGCGCCACCGCCCGCGCAUCUCGUACAGAAGCAGACACCACCGCCGCUGCAGCUGAUUUCAACGCAUCCCCCGCCAGCCCACAGUCCUGCAGCCAAGAUCCAUCCACCAGCAGUCCGAGCUCCAUCCGUGCUACAGAUAACGCCCGUGCCCCGUGUUCAUCAUGGCCUCACAAUGAAGCAAGUGCCCAACCCGGCCGCUGGAGCCGCUCGCACGCUGCCAUACAAGAGCAAGUCGGGCACUCCUCCGCUGACAUCCCAUCUGCAGUCGUUUACGGCCAGUGCGACGCCACCGCAACGGCUGCUGGCCACGCCGCCGCACUGUUCAGCGGCGCUCAACGAGCCGUUGCUGGUGAAUCUUCCGCCCACCACAAGCAUCACGCCUCAGCUGACGCCCACAACCACACCGCCGCCGGCAGCGACAGCCCUGCAGCACCAGCAAUUGGCCAAGGCGUCCGCCUUCAAGCUGAACUCCCUGCCUGGCGCGAGCAUCUCGCCAGUUCCCGCCAAGCCGCAGGCAAAUAACAUCAAGCGAAUCCAGCCGAUCACAGUGCUCAAGAAAUCCGACGAGGACUGGCGCCGACAUCUGGCCCAGCAGCAUCUGCAGCAGCAACAGCAGCUCCAACUCCAGACGCAGCAACGGCAGCGGGACCACCAGCUGCCGCCGCCAACGAUUGUCCUGGUGGAGUCACCGCCUACCACGCCGCCCACAGAUAAGCAGGAGACAAUACAGACAAUGCCGGCGGCACAGAGAAAACCAAACAAAAGUAUGCAAGCAUCACCCAGAGUCAAUUCCACAACAGUCACGCCAGCAAACCAGGUGAAGAAGACUAAACCACCUGCGGAAAUAGUCGUCAACCUGGACGAUCUACCUGAGACGCCACCCGCGAGGCAGCCAUCCGAGCAGAAGCCAUCACCAGCGCCAGAGAGGUCCGCGCUGGAGAAGCUUUCGGCAGCGAAGCCUGCAGAACGGGAGCCCUUUGUUCCGGAAUACGAGGCACUGCUGCAACUCUGUGCAGAGUCGGAUAAAUCCAAGGAAAUGACGAGACUCAUUGAAACAAAGCUCACCAAAUAUUAUUACAGUGUGCACGAGAGUUUUGUCAGGUCGCGCGGGUUCCGGAAGCUACUGGAAUCGGCCAUUGAGCGGAUCAAAGCCGAGUCGGAUAUGGUCUACAUGCACCUCAGCGGCGUGGUGGAGGAGCUGAAGGCUAGACGCAAGGCGAAGGUGGUGAUUGCAUCAGAAUCAGAGCCAGAUGCAGUGUCAGUACCAGAGAAUACUCCAGUCAUAGAAGUGGCUCCAAUCUACCCGCCUACACGCGCUACGCUCGAGUCAAAUCAGGGACGCGAGCAGGAGGAGGCCUGUGAUGCUGUCUCCGAACCCAUAUCCCCGGGUAUCGACAAACGCACAGAUGCGCACAUCAGGAGAAUGAACAUUGCCCUGCAUAGGAUAAACAAGAGGAUCCAGGCGCUAGAGAACGCCGAAGUGGAUUGGGAUGAUGAUGACAACUCCAGCUACUUGACGGUGGAGCGCUACAAGAAGCGCGCCUGCGAAAUCUAUGAAAAAAUCUGUGAUCUAACCGGCGAGAGCAAGAGUGCCUUUCGCCAGCUGAAGCAACCGAUCCGAUUCGAGGAUAGUCCCUAUCCCCAGUUCAAUCGAACGCUAUCGUCCUUUGUGAAUCGCAUGCGGGAGUUCCCUGACUACCACGAUGUCCUGCAGCUGCUCGAGCAUUGCAACAAAAUGAACGAUAUGGGCCUGGCCUCCUUCGAGAUGAAGCGAAUAGCCAGCGAUGCUUUCCUUUCCGUGGGACGACUUUUGCAGUCGAAACGCAAGAGGGAUCUGUAUGAGACGGCCAAUCACUUUACGGGCAGUGUCAAGGAUCCGGCUGCCACGGACCCAGAGCUGUUGGCCAAGCUCAAGGAGAACAGCAAGAAGCACACCAAGAUUAGUGAUGUACUGGCAAAAUAUUCGAGGGAGCAGGAUCUCAAUACGGAGAUCAUGCGCGAGGCGCGUCUCAAGAAGCAAAAGGAAGCGGCAGCCGCUGCAGCUGUGAUAGAUGAGGAUGAUGACAAGCCGUGCACCAGUGCCCAGGCAGCAGCCAAGGCUGCCGCCUUGCUCAAUGGUUCCUCAGCAGCACGUCCGCCCGAUGCUGCAACGGCUGGUGCAGCAAUCCAUGAUAAGGAUGACGAUGAUGAGGAGGAUGACUCUGAAUCGGAGGAAGAUGACGAAGAUGAGGAGGAUCUUGACGAAUUUGUGGACAAAUUCAAGGUAAACGGCGACAUAAGCGAUGCCGAUUCGGAGAUUGAAGCGGAAACCUCGACUAAAACAGCAACUGACCCAACAACAACACCAAAGACAGAUGCGCUGGUGGCUUCGAAGGAUGUGAUAGAUAUAACGAGAGAUGAGACUGCCGACAGCGAUGCGAAGGCCAACCCCAAGUCCACGUUCAAGCCCAAUGAUGCACCGCCCAAUGGCAAACUAAAGAUUAUAUCCGUUUCUAGUUUGAAUGCCAGCGUCGUCAACGAUAAGGCACAGGCCCAGGAACUGCUACUGGCACAGACACAGGCACAGCCACAGAAAAGCAAACAGAGCUCGAAUGCGUUGCCGAAACGCGUUAUUUCUGCUGAGAUUAUCAUUUCCGACGAAGAGUCAUAGUUCGAUUGGACCCGAUUGGAGCCAGCAUCUGCGGGACAGCCGAAGCCACAGCGGCCUGUUACCUAAGUUUUGUUUUAUUUUAAGUUAUUUAUUCGCCCAAUAUAAGAUGAUUAUUUUCUAAUUCAAACAAAAUUGCAUUGUAAUUGUAAUUAUUGUAGUGUAUGCUGCACUGAUCCGAUCCCCUCCUGGGUGUACCGAGGGGCCUAUGCAACGCGCAGACACACAAAAUCCACAACAAAGUGUACAUAUUUACCAGAGCAUACUAUUAAGUUAAGAUUGUUUUAAACAAACACUAAGAAAAAA